AUAAAUUUGAUGUAAAGAAAGGUUUCUUUUGACUAAGAGGGGCGGAUUCGAUAUUUGAAAGCGGAGUUAUCCAUCCAGAUCAAGAACUGAGCGAGUUAAUUCGAUCUUAAAACUCGGCGAGAAGGGAUCUGUUCGAAAAGGGGACGAUCAGAAGCAGAUUCUGUGGCUUUUGGGGUUCCCUUUUCAUAGCAAUAUCCGAUCCAAAUUCCCAGUUAUUGGGACUCUUAAUCGGAUCUUUCGCCAUUGUUAACCACGUCCUUGUCUCCAUCUUUCGCCCGCCUUUUUGCGUCCUCGUCAUCUUCCACCUAACCAAAACCCACUUCAACCAAGCCACCAUUACCUAUUAUAUAAGCUUUCUUUAUCGAGUUACUUACGUUCACGUUCGAUCCAUCGUCUUCUUCACAUUUCUCAUAAAUUCUUUUGAAGAAAAUUUUGAUUUGAACCCUAUAACCCCUUUUGAUUUAGACCCCAUUAUCCCCAAUUGUUUUGAUCUGUUUUUAUUAUCUGUGGAAUUUCCCUUGUUUUUCUUUUGAAUUUGGAAAUCGGAUAUGGCGGAUUUGAAUGAUGCAUCCGGCAUUUUGGGUUCUUUUGCCAAGCCGGAGAAGCUCAUUAUCGACACCGAUCCUGGAAUCGAUGAUGCCAUGGCUAUCUUCAUGGCAUUUCGAAGUCCGGAGUUGGAGGUCUUGGGAUUAACGACAGUUUUUGGCAAUGUCUUAGUUGAAUGUGCUACACACAAUGCCUUGCUUCUGUGUGAGAUGGCAGGCUGUUCGGAUGUUCCUGUGGCUGAAGGCAGCCCCGAGCCUCUGAAGGGUGGAACGCCUCGUGUUGCUGACUUUGUUCAUGGUUCUAAUGGACUCGGGAAUGUAAUUCUACCAUCCCCAAGUACGAAAAAAGUUGAAAAGUCUGCUGCUGAAUUUUUAGUCGACACGGUCUCUCAGUACCCCGGUGAAGUGUCUAUACUUGCUCUUGGUCCUCUCACAAACUUGGCUCAUGCAAUCAAAAUGGACUCUACCUUUGCGAGCAAGGUGAAGAGGCUUGUCAUUCUUGGCGGUGCGUUCUUUUCGUUAGGGAACGUAAAUCCUGCUGCUGAAGCAAAUAUUUAUGGAGAUCCAGAAGCAGCAGAUUGUGUAUUCACAUGUGGAGCAAACAUUGUUAUUAUUGGGAUAAACAUCACCACACAAGUUCAACUCACUGAUGAGGACCUCCUUGAAAUAAGGGAAUCCAAGGGAAAACAUGCUCAAGUCCUAUGCGACAUGUGCAAAUUCUACCGAGAUUGGCACGUCAAGUCCGAUGGGGUCUAUGGCAUUUUUCUCCACGACCCUGUUUCGUUCGUGGCUUUAGUUCGUCCCGAUCUCUUCACGUACAAGUCUGGUGUUGUGAGGGUUGAAACUCAGGGCAUCAGUGUAGGUCAUACAUUGAUGGAUCAAGGAAUUAAGAAAUGGAAUUCGGACAACCCAUGGUCAGGUUACUCCCCUGUUUCUAUUGCUUGGACUGUCAAGGUAGAUGAAGUCACCAAUUACGUCAAGGAGCUAUUGAUGAAACCGUGAGUGUUUAAUAUGUCUUCAUGAAAGCAGUCUUCGUCUGCUGUUCUUUCUUUUUCUUUCUCGCACUCUCAUUUUCAGAUAGUGGAAGAGCAUAUAAAUAAACUGAAAUCUGAAAUUGAUGAACCUCCACUUUCUCUUGUGGAUAUUUGAACAGAAAUUUAGUUGUUCAUCAGAAAUUUCUUGCUUUUUCAUUAUUAUUAUCAGUUUCGAAAUC